CACCUCACCACCAUCACUGUGCGUCGCGACAUCAACCACAACAUCACAGACCAUCUAUCGCUAUCGCUACAAGGCUCUGAGGGCCGUCAACAGCCAAUACAACCCACUCGAAAGAGUGCCUUUUCCAUUUUAGCCGAGGAGGGGGUCGGUCGACUAUCACCGCAGCCCCGGGGGAGAAAGCAACUUUCCCUUCCUCCUCACUCGUCGACCAACAGCUAGCUACUCGGACGUGCCGAGAGGCGUCGGGGUUUUUGUCUCAUAUUCCCGCGAUCCCCGAAUUUUCUUAGAUCUGCUCCGGCAUACCUCGAUCUUGCCUAGGCCGCGUCCUGCUCGAAACAUUCUCUCGUCAUGUCUAUGUAUCCCCAUCGCGCCAUGGCCGGCGCGGCGCCCCCUGCCAAUCAGUCCCGGCUAGACGAGCUGCUUGAACAGGUUCGCAAUGAGUUCAGCUCGCAGCUGCGUACCAAUGAGGCAUACGAGCAUCAAAUUCAAGCUCAAUUAAGCGAGAUGCAACAUAUCCGAGAGAAGGUCUUCAACAUGGAGCAGAUACAUCUCAACAUCAAACAAAAGUACGAAGAAGAGGUCGCUCAUCUCCGUCGCCAGCUGGAGCUCGCUCGCGGAAAUGCCCCACCAGGCAUGAGUAACGGUCCUCCACCCCAUCCCGCGCCUUCCCAACAACCUCCUUCUAUUUCGUCCGGCAAUGGCCUAUUUAAUGGAAUCAUGGCGGGUGGCGGGCAGGGUGGCCUUGCCCCUCCUCCCCCUCCUCCGCAGGACCAACAGAUGGGCCCGCAACAUCAAAUGGCCCAGGGACCGCCUGGUCUUCCCGGUCCUCCACCUCCCCCUCCUCCUCAAUCGCAACCUCAGCAUUUCCAGCAGCCUUAUCCUCAAGGUCCUGUUCCCAACGGGACGCAGCCUCCCCAAAGUACUGCCUCGCCCGGCCCAGGCAGACGCGGCAUCGGCCGCCCCCCUGCGGGCGUAGGUCCAGCUACACCCCAAAUCAAUACUCCCAUUCCAUUUCCCGGGGCCACUCAGUCGCCGCAGGUCAGCCAUCCGACGCCAGAUCACGCUCGUAUGGGAGGCCCUCAUGCCCCACCUCCCCCGCCCGUGGGUAAUGCCCUGGGAGACCUGGACCCGGAUCGCCUGCCUGCUUCGGCAAAGAAGUCCGGCUACGAUUGGUUUGCCAUCUUUAAUGACCGCGUGCCCCGCAUGCUCGACGUCGAUCUAGUCCACACCCUAGGGCACGAGAGUGUGGUGUGCUGCGUCCGCUUCAGCCACGACGGUAAAUAUGUGGCUACUGGAUGCAACCGAUCGGCCCAAAUCUACGACGUCCAGUCGGGCGAGAAGCUUUGCGUGUUGCAGGAUGACUCGGUUGACGUCUCUGGCGACCUGUACAUCCGCAGCGUUUGCUUCAGCCCUGACGGCAACUACUUGGCUACUGGCGCUGAAGACAAACUGAUUCGCGUAUGGGAUAUUAAGAGUCGGACCAUCCGCAACACGUUCUCUGGUCACGAGCAGGACAUCUACUCACUAGACUUUGCCCGGGACGGACGUACGAUUGCCUCGGGAAGCGGUGAUAGGACAGUGCGCCUCUGGGACAUCGAGUCGGGCACCAACACUCUCACGCUGACCAUAGAAGAUGGAGUAACGACGGUCGCCAUCUCACCCGACACGAAGUAUGUCGCAGCUGGCUCUCUUGAUAAGAGUGUCCGUGUCUGGGAUAUUCAUCAGGGCUACCUUUUGGAACGUCUCGAGGGCCCAGAUGGUCACAAGGACAGCGUCUAUAGCGUGGCUUUUUCACCAAACGGUAAAGACCUGGUCAGCGGUAGUCUCGACAAGACUAUCAAGAUGUGGGAGCUCAGCACACCCCGCGGACUGUCGAAUGCUGGCCCCAAGGGGGGACGGUGCGUGAAGACAUUUGAAGGACACAGGGACUUCGUUCUCUCUGUCGCCUUGACGCCCGAUGCUGCUUGGGUCAUGUCUGGCUCCAAGGACCGAGGCGUGCAGUUCUGGGAUCCUCGCACAGGAGCUACGCAACUCAUGCUGCAAGGUCACAAGAACUCCGUAAUUUCCGUUGCCCCAAGCCCGACGGGCGGAUACUUCGCGACGGGGUCUGGUGACAUGAGAGCGCGUAUCUGGUCAUAUCGCAGCGUCCAAUAGUAAAGAAAUGUAAUGUUGUCCGGGAUACCAACAGCGGUGGAUCGUCGUGAUAAGUUUUUCGAGGUAUGUGAUUGGGGAAGUGGGGGAGUAUGGUGUUCAGACAGAGUGGUUGAUCCUGAUUGGAAUCACUUAACCGCACAUAUCUCUCUGUUCACGCUUGCUCACUGGGAGACUACAGGUCGGAGGAUGGCGUAAGGUAAUUACUUCAAUGGGACUCUUGUAUUAUUGCCCUCACCCCCUUUGGUCCACGCGUUCCACUGAUCAGGUGAAGGUUAAAUUGGGAGCCAUCUUCAGACACUUUGGGACAGACUUGAUGGGCGUUAAGUUUCUCUCUCUCCCUUUUUUU